AUGUUGUCUCCAUUAUUUGCAGUUUUUCUUAUUUUUGCUUCCAUCGAAGCUCGCAAGGCUCCAAAAAUACAAAUAUUUGAAAUACGAGAUCGUGGUAAUAAUGGUAUUGAACUUAGAGAUUUAGCAUUUAUACCAGAGAGUCACAAAAGGGCAGAAUCAAAAUUAUUGAACUUAUUCCAAUCUAAAAAACAAAAAAAAACACAGAAUAAUGUAACUGAACAGCUUAUUGAAGAAUUGAAAAAAGUAAAAGGAGAUGAAGGAAAUAAAAUCAGCGAUGAUGCCUUUGUUCACGUUUUAAGAAAUGUUUUUGACGAUUCUGAUAGUACCAGUGAGGAAGUGUUUGUGGACAAAACCCGAAACGAUCGUCCUGAUCCACUACAGCCAAUAAGAAAUAUUCUAAGAUCGUUGUAA